AUGGACCCGCUUAAGUACAUAUUUCAGAAAGCAAUGCCCACAGGAAAGCUAGCAAAGUGGCAAAUGUUGUUGAGUGAGUUCGAUAUUGUGUACAUGACUCAGAAAGCAAUCAAGGGGCAAGUUUUGGCAGAUCACCUUGCUGAAAACCCAGUAGAUGAAGGAUAUGAACCACUUAGAACAUAUUUCCCUGAUGAAGAAGUAUUGUUUGUAGGGGAAGACAUAUCAGAAUCAUAUCCUGGGUGGAGAAUGUUCUUUAAUGGAGCAGUGUUGAUAUCUGAAUCGGGGCAACAUUAUCCAGCAACAGCAAAGCUUAGAUUCCGAUGCACUAAUAAUAUGGCUGAGUAUGAAGCAUGUAUUCUUGGCAUUAGAAUGGCUCUUGACAUGAAUGUUCAAGAAUUACUGAUAAUUGGUGAUUCAGACUUGUUGAUUCAUCAAGUUCAAGGAGAAUGGGCGAUGAAGAAUCCUAAAAUCUUACCAUACGUACAAUUGGUACAGAGAUUAUGCAAAAGAUUUAGGAAGACCGAGUUCAGACACACACCGAGAAUACAGAACGAGCUUGCUGACGCCCUUGCAACCAUAUCGUCCAUGAUACAACAUCCAGAAAAGAGUUAUAUCGAUCCAAUUGAGAUAGUUUUAAAAGAACAACUAGCACAUUGUUCACAUGUGGAAGCAGAAUGGGAUGGGAAUCCAUGGUAUAUCGAUGUGAAAAAGUACUUAGAGGCUGGCGAAUAUCCGGAAAAAGCAACAAAAGACACAAAAUUGCUUAAAGAAGUGCACGCUGGAGUGUGUGGGACACAUAUGAAUGGGUUUACAUUAGCAAAGAAAAUCUUAAGGGCGGGAUACUUUUGGAUGACUAUAGAAAAUGAUUAUGGCCGAUUUGUCCAAAAAUGUCAUAAAUGCCAGGUACACGGAGAUCUGAUCAAGGUACCACCCCACGAGCUCAAUGCGAUGAGUUCCCCUUGGCCAUUUGCAGCCUGGGGCAUGGAUGUUAUUGGAUCGAUUGAGCCUGCCGCCUCCAAUGGUCAUAGGUUCAUUUUGGUCGCCAUUGAUUACUUCACAAAGUGGGUCGAAGCUGCUUCCUACAAAGCUGUGACAAAGAAAGUUGUGGCCGAUUUUGUUCGCAACAAUUUGGUAUGUCGUUUUGGAAUUCCAGAGUCUAUCAUCACAGACAAUGGAGCAAAUCUGAAUAGUCACUUGAUCAAAGAGAUAUGUGAACAAUUCAAAAUUACUCAUCGCAAUUCAACUGCAUAUCGCCCUCAAAUGAAUGGAGCUGUGGAAGCUGCUAAUAAGAACAUCAAAAGGAUACUGAGAAAGAUGAUUGACAACUACAAAUGUUGGCAUGAAAAUUUGCCUUAUGCUUUGCUAGGUUAUCGCACCACAAUCCGAACUUCAACUGGAGCAACUCCUUACCUAUUGGUAUACGGAACAGAAGCAGUGAUACCAGUUGAAGUUGAGAUACCAUCUUUAAGGAUUAUUCAGGAAGCUGGAUUGAGUGAUGCCGAAUGGAUUCGUGACCGAUAUGAGCAAUUGACAUUGAUUGAUGGGAAAAGAAUGAGUGCUGUUUGUCAUGGCCAGUUAUAUCAACAGAGAAUGACUCGUGCUUUCAACAAGAAAGUAAGAGUUCGAACAUUUUAG